UAGUCAUACCGUUAUCUCAAUUCUGAAGCUUCUUAUUUCUUACCUUUCCGUUUCAUUCUCACAUCACUCUCUCGAUCGGAAAAAAAAGAAAAGAAAAAUGGGAUCUCUACCACAUUCAACAUCCGCAUACGAUCUCUCAUUCUAUACCAAUUCCUCCUCCGAAGAAUCAUCAGUAAACCCAAAAGAUUUACGACUUUUCUUCGAAUCACAACAAAAAUACCUAAACUACUUUUUCCAAAAUCUGGAUUUAUCACAAACCUUAACAUUUACACAAACUUUGUUAAGUUCUAAAGGAACCAUCUUCUUCAGCGGUGUUGGUAAAUCAGGAUUUGUAUCACAAAAGAUCUCACAAACCUUAGUUUCAUUGGGUGUUAGAUCUAGUUUCUUAUCACCAACAGAUGCAUUACAUGGAGAUAUUGGUAUAUUAUCAAGAUCUGAUAUUCUUGUGUUAUUUAGUAAGUCUGGUAAUACUGAAGAAUUAAUGAAAUUAGUACCUUGUGCCAAAGCUAAAGGAGCCUAUUUAAUUUCUGUUACUAGUUAUCAAGGAAAUUUGUUAUCUGCUGUUUGUGAUUUUAAUGUACAUUUACCUUUGGAGAGGGAGAUAUGUCCUUUUGAUUUAGCUCCUGUUACCAGUACGGCCAUUCAGAUGGUAUUUGGUGAUACGGUUGCGAUUGCCUUGAUGAGUGCAAAGAAUUUGUCUAGAGAUGAAUAUGCUGCUAAUCAUCCUGCUGGAAGGAUUGGGAAAAGCCUCAUUUUUAAGGUCAAGGAUGUUAUGAAGAAGCAAGAAGAACUUCCGUUAUGCAUGGAAGAUGAUAUGAUAAUAGAUCAACUCGUGGAACUUACGAGUAAAGGAUGUGGCUGUAUACUAGUUAUCGACGACGAACACAAUCUAGUCGGCACAUUUACUGAUGGAGAUCUGCGGCGAACACUCAAAGCCAGUGGUGAAGGUUUCUUCAAGCUUACCGUUGGGCAAAUGUGCAACAGGAACCCCAGAAUUAUCGGUCCAGAGGCGAUGGCGGUGGAAGCAAUGCAGAAAAUGGAAUCUCCACCAUCACCGGUGCAUUUUCUGCCAGUCGUUAAUCAUCAAAAUGUUGUAAUUGGUAUCAUCACAUUGCAUGGAUUAGUCUCAGCAGGUCUGUAAACACUGGACCCAGAUCGCCAGAUCCUAUUAUGGUUGGUUUCUAAUUUUUUUAUUCUUUGUGUAUUUAUCUCCCUAAUUUGAAUGGGGAUCUGUUAUCUGCAAAACUAUAUUGAUAUUUAUCAAUCGAUGUUGAUUGCUCUAUUGUCUUUAUCUAAGUUAACGCUCACACUAAAAUUUUCAGUAAAAUAUCGGGAUAGUUAGUAUAAACUGGUGUGUUAAAGUGAAAUUGAUUGUGAACAGAUUUUGUUGCACAAGAAUUAAGCCA